UAGAUGCUGCUGUGAAUGUACGUCCAACGCACAGACUGAAACCUCUGGAACUUGCAAUCCUCACUCUAUGUACACUGCAUUGCUCAUCAUUUGGAUGCCAUAUCUCUUAUCCUGGUGGAAUCUGCCUUGCUCUGUGAUUGCUCUGGGGCUGGAGGAGGAUAUUUAACAGUCUAUUGAUUUGUUGGGAUCUAUCUGCCACCUGUAACGAUGAAGAGACCCUGUGAUGACACCAGUUCUGACAGUGACAUGGAUGAGACCAUUGAUGUAGGAAGUGAGAAUAAUUAUUCUGGGCACAGUAGUGGAUCACUAAUUCGUUCAAAUUCCCCUACUACAACCUCACAAAUCAUGGCCAGGAAGAAAAGAAGAGGGAUCAUAGAAAAACGCCGGCGUGAUCGUAUCAAUAACAGCCUGUCUGAAUUAAGACGACUUGUGCCGACCGCUUUUGAAAAACAAGGAUCAGCAAAGUUGGAAAAGGCUGAAAUUCUUCAAAUGACGGUAGAUCAUCUGAAGAUGCUGCAGGCAACCGGGGGUAAAGGUUAUUUUGAUGCACAUGCUCUAGCUAUGGAUUUCAUGAGCAUUGGUUUCCGCGAGUGUUUAACCGAAGUUGCCAGAUACCUCAGUUCCGUUGAAGGCAUGGACACGUCAGAUCCUCUGCGGGUGCGCCUGGUUUCGCACCUUAGCACAUGUGCCUCACAAAGGGAAGCAGUAGCUAUGACCUCUUCGGUGGCUCAACAUCAGCAUUCUCUGCAUCCUCAUCACUGGGCAGCCGCUUUCCACCAUCUACCUACAGCAUUGCUGCAGCAGAAUGGACUUACAUCCUCUGACAGCAUUCCUUGCAGACUUUCCACUGCUACAGAAUUGCCACCACAGCAUGGCUCAGCCUUGCUCACCGCUAAGUUUGCUCAUGCAGAUGCUGCACUUAGAGUGCCCUCAGCUGGUAGCAUUGCUCCUGCUGUUCCGCCUCUCUCUACCUCUUUGCUCUCCCUUUCAGCCACAGUACAUGCUGCAGCUGCUGCCGCUGCACAGAGAUUUCCCUUAUCCUUUGCUGGAGCUUUCCCAGUCAUACCACCAGGGGCAGCAGCAGCAAUGGCAGCAUCUGCAGCCACAGCCAUUGCAUCUCCUUUGUCCGUCUCUUCCAGUCCUCGGCAGGCUGGCAGUGGUGCAAACAGUAAGCCUUACAGGCCAUGGGGAACUGAAGUAGGAGCAUUCUAAGCUGCUGUCUUUAAGAGAACUCAUUUUAUUUGUUGUCUGUUUUUAAACGGUGUGCGGGACGUGCAUACCUUGUAAAGAUAUAUAAAACUUCAUGCUGAAAAAUAUACAAGUGGAUUUUGAGAAUGUCAGAACUCUAUCUUUAAUUAUAUUGUUUGUACACGUGGGUUGUCAGAUCACUGCAUCCAUGCUAAAGUAUACAGAAUAUAUGGAUGCAUCUACAGUCACCUUUGGCAAGCUUCAGUUGAACAAAUGUAAUAUUUAUACCUGAAAAGAUCCACAGGGAGACCCAGUUACAACUGAAUUAAUACGACUUCUGGUGCGAUCUCUCUUUGACAUGGUAACGUUUCUGCAGUUUGAUAAGGAUGUACGCAGACCAGUAUUAACCGAGUUAUACUUGACUCUUAUAUGUGUGCGCAUCAAAGAAAUUUGACGGGCAAUGGCCUAUCGAUUGAUAUGGUGGCCAAACUUAAGGAGAUACUCCCUAAGAUUUUGCCAACCCACUUUUAUUUAAAGUUCUAUAUUGUUUUGGUUUUCUCAAGUAUUUGUUUAAAAAAAAAAAAAAAAAAACUCCCUUAAUUGGGUGAUUUUUUGGGGUAGUCUAUGAUAAGUUAGUGGUUUGAUGUAGACUACACAGAUUGUCAAGAUUUCCUACUGUUUAUGAGAAGCUGGAUACGACCACAGUCUGUUAUCUGUAGUUUGGGCACAGAGGGCUUAUGUAUAAAGUGCAAUUCCUGGACAAACCUGAAAAAAGCAGAGUGAUCAACGUAGAAACAAAUGGAACGUUCCUACAGAU